CAAACUUUGGUUUGUUUCAGUCUCGGUUUUUGAACUCAGGACUGCACUUGGUUUUUGGGUGGCCUGCAUAUCAGGAGAAAACUAACACCUUAAUUGAAUUACUGCAUAAUUCAAUUGAAUUGAAUAGAGUCUGUAUGAUUACAUAUUUAAUAAGCUUUCUCAUGGUCUCAUGGGCCUGCGUUAUUACGAGGCUCGGGACAGGAUGUGGAGUCAUAUUCCACAGGAGAUGCUAGUCAGGCCAGGAGAAUUUCUUUUUCUUUCCAGCUGCUGCUCAGCUGGAAUUGUACGUAAGUUUCCUUGUUUCUUAAUAUCUUCAAUGUUAGAUUUGAAGAGGGGAUGUUUUUCUCUUAAAAUCCCACCAAUUGCUGACUCAGUUCUGUAGUGUAAAAGUCUUUUACUGAUGCUGUUACUAAGAAAGGAGCUCGAUUUUUUUCCCCUAGGCUUGAAGUGAAACUGAUCUAUGGACAAAACAAAACAAUAUAUAAACUACUUUUUUUUUAAAAAAAAGAUUACAUUCUUAGCCCUGGAAUUGUGACUGGACUAUCACACCAAGACACAUUUGUUCUUGGUUUUGAGCCAGGCACUGAAGAUUGUUGUAUGCUGUAUCACCAGAGCAGCUAAAAUGAAUCAUUUCUUGUCACUGUGUCCAAAUCAUGCCUGGAGGAGCAGUGGCCUGUGGUAUAUCUUUGAUCUGAACUGCGAAGUCGUUCAGAAAGCAACAGGAAGGAGUUCUGCAGAAGUCUUUGUAUCUGAGCCCUCAAUUCUUCCUUUGUCACUUGAGGAUUGAGAAAUAGGCAAAGCAAGUUUAUGGGCUUGAGACAAAACAUUUUCCCUGCCAGACCAGAAAAGACCCUCAAACAUGUCCUAUUUACUAUGAAGAAACGCUCAGCCAAGCUUUUAUAUUUCUCCCUCCCCUCGUGUCUGUUAGAGUAGGGGCUUUUUUUUUUCCUUCUGGAAGGGAUGUGCUUCUUUUGGCCACUUCAUCUGAUCACACUGGUCAUACAAAUUUCUUACAAGAAAGGCCCGUUGGCCUUAUUCUGGCCUAUGCGGACAUUUUGUCCUUUCUCCAGCGCAGACCUCUCCCUUGCUCUGGGAUUUCUAAAGCUCAUUAACUCCCAGAUGAACUUCACCUUUGCUUACCCUGCCGCUGGUCCAGUCUUCCCCUCUGCUGCCAGUAACGAUGGCCUUAUCGCCUGCUUUUUCCUCCCUUGAAUGGCUGGCUUGUGUAAUUCCUGCAGGCUCUCACACACCCUUUGUGUCAUCUUCUGCCGGGUGGAGCAACUCACCCACUGCAACAAGCUGCUGCUUGUACGGCCGGGGUUGGGUUUGGAACGUGCAGAUGUUGCUGAAAAGCUAGUGCCUCGGGGCUGGGGGACCUGCCAAGACGAGACGGGGCAAGGGCUUGCGCGUGCGGCUCUGGCUCCCAACUCCACCCCUGAGCUAAGGCAGAUCUGAUGCCCCUCGCCUAACAAGGUGCCUCGGCUCUGGAGCUGGAGGGAGAUUCUUGGCAUGUAGUCGGCCCUGGAAAUCCUUGACGUGUGGGGGCUCCUUAGGCACUGGGAUAAGUGGACCAGCUGUGCAUGAAGGAGUCGAGCGAGGUGCUGCGAGGCCAAAUGCACUGCAUGAUGCGGACCCUCCACGAUCUCAAGAGGGCUCACGACCGAGAGCUGCGACUGGAACCCCAGGAGAUACGGCUACCCUUGGCUCUGCCUUCCUCAAAGUCCUGUAUCAGCCCACGGAUAUCAUCUAUCUCAGAAGCAGAUUCUGCCUGUUGCUUGGAGGGGGCUGUGGAAGAAGAGGUUGCGUUCUCCCCACCCAGCAGCGAGCGAAGCCUGGAGUUCGAUUCGGGCUAUUCAGAAGUAUCCGGGAACAGCUGGAGGGAUGAGGAAGGCCCCCCACCCCUGAGAGCCAGUAAGCUUUCCUCGGGGGGCUUCCUACGUCGUCGGGUGCCAGCCAGGAGGCCCCGGCCAAAAUCGGCUUCAGAUGCCUGCCUAGAGCGGUGGCGGGAUGGCGAGCCCUCAGAUGCGGGUGACUGGACAGUGUCUCUCUUGUCCCAGAGCCGUAACCGGCAACCCCUUGUGCUGGGGGACAACUGCUUUGCUGACUUAGUGGAGAACUGGAUGGACUUGCCUGAAGAAAGCGCGGAACGGGGAUGGCUGCAGCGUUGGCUGGCCAAGCCCCAUGGCUUCUUGCUUAACCUCUCGGGCAACGUUCGCCGCAGGCUGGCUGGCAUCUCCCGCACGGAGCGCACCAAGCAGGAUCGGGAUGGCACCAAGCGUUUCUCUUGCCCUGCCGGUCUGGAUGGGCGCCCUUCAUUUCCCUACUUCCACCAGUCCCACGCCAACAUCAGUGAGCUUUCUACAGACUGUAGCAGCUUUGCUGCCCUAAUGAACUGCCGAAGUCGGCAGCCCAUCAUUUGCAACGAUGUGAUUGGCUACAUCUAGCUUGCCUUUUUUUUAUACGCUUGUUUAUAAAUA